AUGGCGACGCCAAUCUCCCCAUCCGAGCACACAGCCGCCGUCAAGGCCCGGCGCGUGCUGGCCUGCGUGCUGUGUCAGCAACGCAAGAUCAAGUGUGAUCGUACAUUCCCUUGCGCCAACUGUGUACGUGCCAGCGAGCAGUGUGAACAGUCAACCCGCCAGCGACGCCGGAGGUUUCCUGAGAGAGAGUUGCUAGCGCGCCUGCGACGCUAUGAGAGCCUGCUUCGCCAGCAUAACAUCGAGUUUGAUCCUCUCCAUACGCCUACUGCAAACCGUAGGUCUCCCAGCGAGGAUGGCCAAGAUGGACUUCCAGAGGGUGCCCACUCAGAAGGUGCUCUUCGUGAUACGGAUUCUCGCCCGUCGAGAGAAAAGAAAGCAGUCAAGCCUAAAUCCUUGAAUCUCUGGCAUGCUAUGAAUCAAAAGACUAUUGAUCCCAAGGAUGAUGAUGGAAACGACGGUGACGACGACGAUGAAAACGACACCGGCAACGACCACUUGUUCUUCGGUUCACCGGCAGGGAACAUCGAUGACCUUUCUGCUUCGCAUCCGACCCAGGUACAGAUCUUCAGGCUUUGGCAGAUCUACUUGGAUAACGUGAACCCUCUUCUUAAAGUAACGCACACACCUACCCUUCAAACACGUAUCAUCGAUGCUGCUAGCGACAUCGCCAAUGUCGAUCCCAUAUUGGAAGCAUUGAUGUUCAGUAUCUACUGUGUCUCCAUUCUGAGUCUCACAGAAGAUCAGUGUAUUACCUUGUUCGGAUCUCCCAAAAAGGAUCUUUUGAAAGCCUAUCAGUCUGCAUGCCAGCAAGCGUUACGGAGUUGUUGUAUUUUACGUUCCAGUAACCGUGAGUGCUUGACCGCAUUGUAUCUGUAUCUAGUGUCGACCAGGCCUGACACGGACCCUGUAUCUCUCUCAUCAAUGCUUAGCGUUGCUAUAAGGAUCGCCCAGCGGAUAGGCAUUCAUAAUGAGUCGUUAUACAGUAAAUGUUCCAGUCUCGAGGCAGAGAUGAGUCGGAGACUGUGGUGGUCGCUCAUUAUCUUUGAUAAUCGCAUCUGCGAAAUGUCCGAUUAUAAAACCACGUCGCUAGCUCCUACCUGGGACUGCCGUAUUCCUCUCAAUGUUAGUGAUUUUGAGCUUCAGCCAGAUAUUAGAGCCCCACCCGCAACAAGCAACAGACCAACAGAGAUGCUCUUUGCUGUUGUGCGCAGCGAGCUCGCCGACUUUGUCCGUCACAGCACCUUCCACCUCGAGUUUACCAAUCCGUUUUUGAACACGACCGCCCGCCGAUCUACCACCACAGACGAGGGGGAGGGACUUCUAGCGCUCGAGAAGAUGAUAGAGGAGAAAUACCUCACAUUCUGCAAUCCAGAGAACCCACUGCAUUUCAUGACGAUGUGGACAAUGCGGGGCUAUUUGGCCAAGAACCGCCUCUUGCAACACUACUCUCGAUACUUGGCGGGCUCUGUGCAGCAGACAGCUACACAGCGGAACUCAGGCAUCUCUCACGCACUGCGCAUGCUAGAGUGCGAUACCAACCUCAUGGCAUCGUCUCUCACCAAGGGAUACCUGUGGCUUAUUCACUUCCACUUCCCCUUCCCCGCGUACAUUCAUAUCCUUCAGGAUCUGAAGAAGAGGCCCAUCGAGAAACACGCAGACCAGGCGUGGGAGGUCAUGAGCAAUAACUACGAGGUCCGCAUGAUGGAUGCUAAGGAGGAGGACCGCCCCUUCUUUAUCGUCUUCUGUCGGAUUGUCUUUCAGGCUUGGGAGGCACGUGAAAAAAUAGCGAGACAGCAGGAGACGCCCCUAGUGCCACCGCGGAUUGUGUCGGAUAUCCGGAAUAAAGUAAUGCAUAUGAUAUCGAAUUUCGGACAAGACGCGGACACAAUGCAGCCCGGUGGUUCCCUAGGUUCCAAUAUGGGUGACCUGUCGAUGCCUACUGAGAUGGAUUUCAGUGUUCCUGGCAUAACAUAUGGUGCUGACUGGCAGGUUCCCACGAGUUUGGGACCGUGGGGGUAUCCUGAGAUUCCUGGGCCGAACUUAACGGACGUGGAUGUGAAUCAAUUUCUUUUGGACACGAUGGAGUGGAAUGGGCUGCAUGUACGAACGGGGUGA